GGUCAAUUGAUUGCUUCCGUUUCUGAGCUGUUUCCCUCAUUCUUCUGCUGGUUCACCGUUGCUCCUCCUUGAUUUUGGCCCUACUCUCUCUUCUUCAUUCUCUCGCUACCUCCUCGUCUCUGACCCAUCUUCUCUUCUAUUCCCAUCAUUUUGUUCCCUUCAUUCACUCGUUCCAUUCCUCUGAGCCGAUCUUGUUUUCGAUCUUUUCCUUAUAGACUCCAUUCGUACCAGUCCAUAUUCCACCAGCCAUUCGUUUAUGUACAGACGCUCUGCCUCCCCGAGUCCUCUCCGCAUCUUCAGACAGAACCUGCAGCCAGUCGUUCCGCUUGCGAAGCUCGAAACAGUGCUUUGACGGCCAGAUUCGUGCUUCUUUUCACCCCCUUCCCCCCCUCUCCACAAUAAGAAAGACGAACACCACCUGUCCUUGGACCUGGUCCUGGGGACACGAUCCAUCAAUAAUCCCAUAUGCUUGCUGCAAUGCAGAGUCAGGACGUGUUUGGGGGAUUUGGCAGCCGUUAUGCUUCUUCAAAAUUUGGGACUGAUAAUACAGGCUUCAGUCAUGGCGCGUACAAUUCGAACCACACAGGCUAUCCUCCAUUCGCCGAUCGCAACAUGAGAAAACCUGCCAUUCCUUCGAUAGCUACUGCUACCAAAGAUCAACAACAUAGUUAUAAUGUCACCGAGCAGACUCCGGCUACCGCCUUUGAUAUGAAUUUCACGCCCUUGUUGCCUUCUCAGCUUUUGCUGGGCAGCCCUUUCCAGCCAGGGUCUCCUGGUUCCUUCGCUUCUCCGCAGUUUCCCACCUUCAAUCGCUUUGCCCCGGGAACAAAUGCUCUUCACACGCAGACUCAGCAGUAUCAACAGAACCAACAUGCUCAGGCCCAACUCGCGAGUCCUACUCAGCCCAAUGCCAAUCCGCUCUCGCCACAAGCAUAUCAUACGGUCAUGUCACCGGAAAGCUAUACGGCACAGUCCCCAACCGGCUUCAGUGGCCUAGGUGGUGCGGCAUUCGGGCAUUACCAACCCAUGGUAGGCAUGGGCAACUCAUGGAUGACUGGUACAAGUCGCACAGUCUACUUGGGGAAUAUUCCAGCGGAUACAUCUGCCGAGGAGAUCCUAAGUCACGUUCGAAGUGGUCAGAUCGAAUCCGUGAGGCUACUACCCGAAAAGAACUGUGCGUUUAUUUCGUUCUUGGAUAGCAGCUCUGCGACGCAUUUUCAUUCGGAUGCCAUCUUGAAAAAGUUGUCAAUCAAGGGUCAUGAUAUUAAGAUUGGUUGGGGAAAGCCGUCCCAGGUGCCUACGUCGGUCGCUCUCGCUGUACAACAGUCGGGUGCGUCGAGGAACGUUUAUCUAGGAAAUCUUCCCGAGGACAUCACUGAACAGGAGAUUCGAGAGGACCUGGGCAAAUUUGGGCCCAUUGAUACUGUCAAAAUGGUUCGUGAGAAGGCGAUCGGCUUCGUUCAUUUCCUCUCCAUCAGCAAUGCGGUCAAGGCGGUGGCCCAAUUGCCACAGGAUCCCAAAUGGGGUCCUCCGCGGCGCGUCUAUUACGGCAAGGACAGGUGUGCCUACGUUUCCAAGACACAGCAACAGAACGCGGCACAAUACUUGGGCAUCGCUCCCGGCUACGCCCACGUUCUCAAUGGAGCUGACCGCGAUUUGAUAUCCAAUGCCCUGGCACAGCAGUCGGUCGCGGCAGCUGCCGUUGCGACUACUGCAGGCGGCGUCAAUAAUCUCGGAAAUCGAACUGUCUAUCUUGGAAAUAUUCACCCCGAGACCACCAUCGAGGAGAUUUGCAAUGUCGUGCGCGGAGGUCUGCUUCAUCACAUCCGAUAUAUCCCUGAUAAGCAUAUCUGCUUUGUCACGUUCAUCGAUCCCACGUCUGCUGCAUCUUUCUAUGCACUGAGCAAUCUUCAGGGGCUGAUGAUCCACAACAGGCGGUUGAAGAUUGGCUGGGGCAAACACUCAGGAGCUCUCCCGCCCGCCAUUGCUUUGGCCGUGAGCGGAGGAGCCUCGCGGAAUGUAUAUAUCGGAAAUCUCGAUGAGAGCUGGAGCGAAGAACGGCUGCGACAAGACUUCUCCGAGUACGGUGAAAUCGAGUUGGUCAAUACUCUGCGGGAGAAAAGCUGUGCCUUUGUCAACUUCACAAACAUCGCCAAUGCCAUCAAGGCGAUUGAAGCUGUCCGACAGCGGGAGGAGUACAAGCGGUUCAAGAUCAACUUCGGCAAAGACCGGUGCGGCAAUCCUCCACGCCAGAACCUGAACAAUGCCAAUGGCAGCCAACCACGUCUCCAGAAUUCUAUUGACAGCGCCGGGUCCCCCGCUGCGAUGAAUGGAUUUGACCAUGCUGUGUCGCAGUCGGGCUCUAGCCCCACGAGAUCAACUGUUCCUACAGGACCCAAGGCAUCAUUGGGACCACAGUCUCAAGUCGCUGCGCGCCAGCCAACUCUGGCUGCGCCAACACCGUCAGCAAUUCUGAACGCAGGUAGCAACAAUCCGCUGACAAUGUAUCUGUCACAUGUGUCGCAGCAGCAAGCUCAAGCUGAACAGGAUUUGCGGGACGACUCCCUGACAUUUGCCCAGCUACAGCAGCAACAGAAUCAGGCUCUGGCGAACCAACAGGCCGCAUUGUAUGGUGAGAUGCCGAAUGGACACAGCGGAAUGGACAUGCCAACCUCGUCUCACAUUCCUCGACAGAGCAGCAUCAGCGGCGGAUUCAAUUCUAGUUCUCUGAGCAAUGGCGCGUCCACUACCGUUGGAGGGCUCCUGGCCCCGACGAAUACUGGGAUAGGGGCGAGCAGGAGUGCCCAUUCUCGAGCAGUGUCGCUCCCGGCGUUUUCGCAAGAGCUCUUUGGCGGCCAGCAGUCUACGCAACCAGGCCCGUCGUCGUCACGCGGCUUUGGUGGGCAUGCGCCUCAGGGCAGUUUUGGUGGGUUUGGAUCUGUUUUCGGCACUGGCUUCGGGACCAGUGGGUUUAAUGGACUGGGAUUGACGAGCGAUGGCCGUGGAGGUCUCUCCGGCUGGGCUGAGGAGGAAAUAGGGGCAAAAUAAAUGGAACAACUAAUCCGUGGGGUUUGGGACUGUACCGGUCUGGGGGCAUCUGGAAUUGCACCUUUGCUUUGAAUGAGGGUUUUAGUGGUGAUUUUGUUUUGGCUAUACUCCGUUCUAAUAGUGUGGGAUUAUGGCGUGAACCAAAAUGCGCGUUCUGAUGCGUCCUUUGACUGCAUCCUUUGAAUUUGUGACGGAAUUCGGGCACGCCAAAAGACGACAUUUGGACAUUGCUGCCGCCUCAAGCCAUGCUACCAGAAUGUACAUACAUUGGUCUAGCGACGAAGGGUGGCAUGGCUCGAGGCAUAGAAGGGCAUGACGCAACACCGUGAUGGGUCAAGGGAGGUAUCACCCGCGCUUGUGCCGUGGUGUAGUAUACUUGAUAGCAAAUGUGAUGGAUGGACAAGCCUCGACUCGACCAAAGCAUUUCAGUUUGGGAGCAAAGAUAUGUGAGGUCUGUGCAGGAUGAGAUCCUUGGAGAC